AUGCCGGGUGUCGAACUACCCAUUGGUGGAACGGCACGCCCGUUCAAUCUAGGAUUCAGCGUGGGCCAUCAGAAAGUCGAGCUCGAGAUUGACCUAGCCACGAAAAGUCUGAAAGGAAGCACAGAGAUCACCAUUCAUCCCCGCCGCAGAGAUCUCAGUGUCAUCUGGUUGAAUUUUCGACAAGGCGAGAUCAAGCGCGUGAGCGUGAAUGGCAGAACUGCGACAGCGAAAUACACCGAUCAAUAUGAUUCCUUGCAACUUUAUGGAGUCCAAUACCACGAGCGCUUAAUACCGAAGAUCGAUACCCUCCUACAAACUCCCCCAACUCCCACUUUGCCCAUCACGAUUCCCAAGGGCGUCCGCAUCGAAGAACUGGACCCGUCUUCCGCCGAAGCCCAAGACCAGAUCGCGCUGCAAUCAACUGUCGACAAUGUCGAUGGUCCUAGUGCCAGAGUGCAGGAGGCAAACUUGCCGCAAUUUACAUCACUAAAAGUGAACAUCGAAUUUGUCGUCGAGCACAUUCGGGAUGGUUUACAAUUCGUUGGGGUUGACAAUGGAGAUCGCCGGUAUCCCCAUGCCUAUACCACCAACUCCUUGGAGUCGGGCAUUGGCUGUCCCUUGUUUCCAUGCGUGGAUGACAUGUCAUCACGGUGUACCUGGGAGGUGUCUAUAACUUGUCCCAGCUCUCUUGGUGAUGUUUUCCAACGCAAGAGCCGAGAUACUGCAGGUGCAGCAACGUCGUCCCGCUCAAAAGCACACACCCGCCAGCUGUCCACGGAUGAUGAAGGCCUGGAUAUGUCCGUGGUUUGCUCCGGUGAACUGACUGACGACAUCAUCGACCCAAAAGAUUCAACGCGCAAAACAGUCUCAUUUGCAUCAUAUUCACCCCUGAGUGCUCUGCAAAUUGGGUUUGCAAUUGGACCCUUCGAAUAUGUUAACCUGGCCGACUUCCGCGAAAGCGACCAAGACGAACAACUUGGUCAGAACGCCAUUCCUUUGCACGCCUUCUGCCUCCCCGGUAGAGCCGACGAGGUCCAAAAUGCCAGUUUUCCCAUGGCUCAGGCGAUCGAUUUCUUCUCCCUUUCUUACGGAUCGUAUCCAUUCGGCAGUUACAAAAUGUGUUUUGUGGAUGAUCUUCCCACGGACAGCCUCCCGACGGCGUGCAUGUCAAUCUGCAGUAGUCAUCUGCUAUUCCCAGCAGAAAUUAUCGACCCGAUGUAUGACUCUACUCGGGCUCAGGUGCACGGUCUGGCAUGUCAAUGGACUGGCAUCAAUAUCAUUCCUAGCGAGCCUGCGGAUACUUGGGUGACCGUCGGUGUCGCGUGGUACAUCACAGACACUUUCAUGCGAAAGCUUUGCGGAAACAAUGAAUACCGUUUCCGACUGAAGCAAAUGUCAGAUCGGAUUUGUGAGCUCGAUUUUGAGCGUCCUUCGAUAUACGAUAUGGGUAACAUUCUCAAGGUCGAUCCUUCUGAAUAUCGAUUUGUUGCACUAAAAGCACCUUUGGUCCUCUUCAUCCUUGAUCGCCGAUUGACCAAGGCGAGUGGCAAGGCCACAAUGUCUCGCAUUAUUUCGCGACUUUUCCUGAACUCUCGCAUGGGUGACAUACCGAAUGGAGCGGUCACGACGUCUUUGUUCCAGAAAACCUGCGAGCGACUCGGUCACGCGAAGCUGGACGUUUUCUUCCAGCAAUGGGUCUAUGGUGCAGGCUGUCCGCGAUUCCAAGCGACCCAGCGAUUCAACAAGAAAAAGCUGGUUGUUGAAAUGAUGAUCAGACAGGUUCAGUCAGAGCCACAAGCCCCUCGUGAUCUUGACAAGGACUCCUUUUUGCGUGAUGUGAAAGAAGAGGUCCGGCAUGUCUACGCGGGCGCAGUCCAGCCGGUCUUCACAGGGUCCAUGACCCUUCGGAUUCACGAAGCAGAUGGGACCCCUUAUGAACAUAUCGUUGAGAUCAAGGAAGGCGUGACCAAGUUCGAUAUCCCUUAUAAUACGAAGUACAAGAGACUGAAGCGCAAUAAAAAACAAAGAGAAAGAGCAGUUGCCUCUGGUGAUCCUGAAGUCCAGGAAGAGGUCCUUCUGUACUGUCUCGGAGAUGUGCUCCAGAGCGAAGAAGAAACGCAAGCUUGGCGUCUCGCUGACUGGACGAAGGAGGACGAAGAAAGAAUGGGACAGGAGUCGUAUGAGUGGAUCCGAAUGGAUGCAGACUUCGAAUGGGUCUGUAAACUGUCCCUCGGUAUGCCGGGGUACAUGUAUCUUUCGCAGCUUCAACAAGAUCGAGAUGUUGUUGCCCAACUCGAGUCUUUACAAUACAUGGCUGCGCAACGAGAGCAUCCUUUGAUUUCCACGAUCUUUGUUCGAACGCUCAUGGACAGCCGAUACUUCCAUGGUAUACGUACCACGGCUGCACGUGCGUUGGUGAGACAUGCCAAGGAUGAGGUUGACUGGAUUGGGCUGUACCAUCUUGAGAAGGCGUUCCAGGAGCUCUUCUGUCUCCCAGGUUCACCAAUGACCCGCUCGAACGACUUCUCCGACCGUGCAGCCUACAUACUCCAACAAGUCAUCCCUGAUGCGAUCUCCAAGGUCCGUGACAACAGCGGCAAGACCCCUUUGAGGGUAAAACGAUUCCUCUUCGAUAAACUGAAGUUCAACGACAAUUCUAAUAACGAGUACUCGGAUAACUUCUAUGUUGCAUCCUUGAUGAAGUCAUUAUGCCAUGCCAUGCUAGGCAAGAGUGAGUCACGCGCAGAUGAAGACAUCGACCAUUUCGAUAUGGAACGUGUCAUUGAGGCUCAAGCCGAGGAGCAAUUGGAUAAGGAUGCCAUUGCCGAGUUUGACCGCUACCGCCGAAUGGAUGAAUGGUCGAGCUCAUUCCAGAAUCUCUACUCUCGAGCUGCACUUCAUUGCCAGGCGCAACUGAUGCAAGCCAACAUCAUCGAAAUGGAUUUGAUGCGAUUUGUGCCGUACACCCGAGCAGGAACCUAUGACCUUCUCCGCAUGCAGGCCUUCCAGUGCUUGGUCGACCUGGAUAUCUCUCGGAGCCCAGAGCUCAUUCGAUGGCUCAUGUUCACACUGUCCGCCGAUUCGUCAGCAUGGAUACGGCAUCAGUCUCUGCGCCUCUUUGGCCAGGUGCUGGCACAAAUUGCCUUCGGUCGCCCUCAGCCGGCGGAAACUCUGCAGACUGAUGGGUUGAUUAUUGAACAAGAAUCGUCUACCCAAAUCCGUCGUGAAGACAUUGCAAGACGCCAAACCAUUCCUGGUGCCAUCGAAGCUCUGAAGCAGGAAAUUGCCGAGGACACAUCGUUGAAAGAGUGCAUGUGGGCAGCGUGCAAUUCCCCGGCCAUGGGUAUGUUGGAGCUCUCCGAGCUCCUUGAUCUUUGCCGCUGCCUGUACGAUCCCGUCACUUUCAAGCUAGUGCGGCUGAAGCUACCUCGCUACUGGAAUGUCCAAAACUUGGGACAUGGCAAGUUACGCUUCUUUAAGUCCGCCAAAGCCCGCAUCGGACCAUCUUCCAAGCGCAAGCGGGAGGAUGGAAUGCACCCACCUUCUUCCACUCGUAUUACGUUCAAGCAGCACAAGAGCAACUCGGGUCAUACCACGCCAUCUUCUACGACGCUUCCUAAACUCCACAUUCCCAAACCAUCCCCUGCGCACAGCGCAACCAAAACUCCGGCCACAUCCACGCCCAAGCUAAAACUCAAGUUUGGUGGCCGACCUACCUGA